AUGAGAAAGCAAUUGCCUGUCUUAUUCCUGAUAUCAUCUUUGACUGGAAAUACCUUCAGUUUAGACCAAACCACAGAGAAGGGGAAGAACAGAUGCAACGAGAACACCAUCGUCACCACAAAAACCACAUGCAGAUCUUGUUCCCUCAAUUCUGACAUCCAGUGUCCUGAAGGUUACACCAAAAUUACUAAUGGUUCUGGGAUCCGUGACUGCAGAUAUUACAUUGAGAUCAGGAAGUUCACUCUGUCGCUUCCAGGAUGUCGCCACAAAUGUCUGAAGGAGUUCCAGCAGCCGCAGUGUUGCCUAGGAUACUGGGGGCCAGAUUGCCUUGAAUGUCCAGGUGGCGCAACCUCACCCUGUAAUAACAAGGGCCACUGUUUCCAGGGAAUGACCGGGGAUGGAACCUGCGUGUGCCAGAAAGGGUUUAAUGGGACUGCUUGUGAAAAAUGUGCAGAAAACAAUCUCUUUGGACCUACUUGCACUUCAGAAUGCAGCUGCGUCCAUGGCACAUGCAACAGCGGAAUUGCCGGAGAUGGAAAGUGCACGUGUUUGUCGGGAUACAAAGGUCCUAGCUGCGACCAGCCAAUACCCGAAUGUCAGGCUUUGCAAUGCCCAGAAUACUCCAGAUGUUCUUUAUCCAGUGCAGAUGGAAAACAACUGGAAUGCCAAUGCCUUCCUAACUACGAAGGAGAUGGCAAACAGUGUGAACCCAUCAACCCAUGCUCAAAAAAUGUUUGUGAUCCUCAUGCUGAUUGCCUCUAUCUUGGACCAAAUCGUCAUAAAUGUACAUGCCAGUUUGGCUACAGAGGAGAUGGCGAAGUCUGCAUGCCAAUAGACCCUUGCCAAACAAAAUUUGGGAAUUGCCCUACGGAGUCUACAGUUUGUAAAUAUGAUGGCCCUGGGAAGUCUCAUUGUGAAUGCAAGAAACAUUUCACAAAUUUUGUGCCUGGACUAGGAUGCAGUAUGACAGAUAUCUGUGCAACUAACAAUCCCUGCCAUAAAUAUGCUGAAUGCACAAUGGAAGCACCAGGACAUACCCUAUGCACCUGCCAAAGGGGCUAUGUAGGUGAUGGAUUUAUAUGUUAUGGAAACAUCAUGGAACAAAUAAGAGAUAUGAACACCAAACCUGGAGGACAGUGGCAAGGAAAACUAAUUUCUGCUAUAGAACUCUUUGAAAGUGCUUACGAAUGGCCCUUGAACAGCUUGGGACCAUUUACAGUUCUUGUUCCAACAAAUCCAGGGUUCAAAGGAAUCAAUAUUAAAGACCUUCUUUCUAAUAAAGAGAGUGCCCAGUACUUUGUGAAGCUCCACAUCUUUGCUGGACAGCUAGACCUGAAUGGGCUGAAUCAUAUGACUACAAUCCAUACACUCACUGGCAAGCCAGCAGAUGUAAUAAAUGAUGAAAAAGAUAAAAUGCUAAGAAUUAGAAUACAAGGUGGUAAGAAGAAAGGGAAAAUAUUACAAGCAGAUAUUGUUGCCUCCAAUGGAGUCAUGCAUAUUGUUGACGAAGCCCUAGACAACGUGGAACCCUCCUUCCCAAGUGAUGAAGAGAGAUCUAUAAUGGCAGUACUUCAAGACAAAGGCAGAUUCAGCAGAUUCAGAACCAUACUAAAGAAUACUCUUGCAGAAGUGAUGUUAGAUAUACAUCCUGGACCUUAUACAAUUUUCGUCCCAACCAAUGAAGCUUUGGAAAGCUUGAAUGAUGGAUCUCUGGACUACCUGUUGUCAAGUAAGGGAUCACGAAAGCUGCGUGAGCUAGUCCAGUAUCAUGUUGUUUCUGACACCCAGCUGGAAGUUGCAAGCCUUAUCUCAAUAGGCCACAUCAGCACAAUGGCUCAACAAUUCAUCUAUUUUAACAUCACGGAAAGUGGACAAAUCCUGGUCAAUGGUCAGCCAUUGGAGGAAACAGAUAUCCUUGCAAAAAAUGGGCGAAUUUACACACUUUCGGGGGUUCUCAUUCCUCCAUCCAUUACACCAAUUCUGCCACACAGAUGCGAUGAAGAGAAAAUUAAGAUUACAAUGGGUGCCUGCGGAAAGUGCCGAGCCUCUCACAGCAACAGUUGCCCAGAUGAUGCAACACCUAUUCCUUUCUCAAGGAGUAGAUGCAUCUACCAGGAUCAGAUCUAUCCAAAAUACGGGUGUGCUAAGCAUUGCAAAUCAGCAAAAAAGGUGCUGAAGUGUUGCAACGGCUUCUUUGGCCCAGACUGUAAUCAGUGCCCUGGUGGCUUCUCCAAACCCUGCUCGGGAAAUGGCCAGUGCAUGGAUGGGAUGAACGGAAAUGGAACUUGUGUUUGCAAUCAUGGAUUUGAAGGUUCACGCUGCCAGUUCUGUUCAGAUCACAAUAAAUAUGGACCACAGUGUGACAAUAAAUGCAAGUGUGUCUACGGGGUGUGUGACAACCAGAUAGACAGCGAUGGAGCCUGCCUUCCUGGUUCAUGCAAAAGCGGCUACACUGGGAAAUCUUGUGACAGUCAGGUGUUUCCAUGUGGGGCUUUUCUUCAGUUUUGCCAUGCACAUGCUGACUGCAAGCUUCACAAUGGUGCCAUGAGUUGUGUUUGCAAACCUGGAUAUGAUGGAGAUGGAAUAAUUUGCAGCGAGGUAGAUCCUUGUGCUAAUCUAAUUCCACAUGGCUGCAGUGCUAAUGCGGAGUGUGUGAAAACUGGCCCUGGAACCCACAUCUGUGUUUGCCAGCCUGGAUGGACAGGAAAUGGAAGAGACUGUUCAGAAAUCCACAACUGCUUUUUGCCAAAUUUUGGAGGUUGUCAUAGUAAUGCUACCUGCCUGUAUAUUGGUCCAGGGCAGAAUGACUGUGAAUGUAAGGAAGGAUUUCGGGGCAAUGGAUAUGAAUGUGAACCAAUUGAUUCUUGUCUGGGACACAGUGAGAAAUGCCAUCCACUGGCAGUUUGUCAGUUCACAUCAUCUGGCGUCUGGGACUGCGUGUGUUCAAAGGGCUACGAGGGAGAUGGCCGCAUGUGCUAUGGGAAUGCAGUGGAGGAAUUGUCUUAUCUGCCAGAAGCAGCUGGAUUUAAUGAGUGGGUUGAUGUGACUGCAAUAAAGACACUCCUGACAGACCGGACAAAUCUAACCAUCCUUGUGCCUUCUCGCCAAGCAAUUCAAAGCAUGGACCGAGAUGAACGAGCCUUUUGGAUGUCAGAAAACAACAUGCUAACCCUAACAAAGAGUCAUGUAUUAGAGGGCGUAUACACCACGGCUGACCUCCAAGAUCUAUCAUCCUCUGAUGGGCUGGCAAUAUCAUUGGGUGGCAGUUUCGUGCCAUUGUCCAAUCAAAGUGGAAGCCUCUCUGUGGGUGGAGCCAAAAUUGUAGCUGGUGAUAUUGCAGCAACCAAUGGGAUUAUACAUGUAAUCAAUAAGGUGCUGACACCCCUCAGAGGAAUAAGUGGCACAUUGCCAAAACUGCUUCCUCGCUUGGAACAGAUGCCAGACUACUCCAUUUUCAGGGGUUAUAUUAUUCACUAUAAAUUGGCAGCUGAAAUAGAAGCAGCGAGUGCUUACACCAUUUUUGCCCCAAAUAAUGAUGCCAUUGAAAAUUUUCUCAAGAAUAAAGAAUUGACUUCUAUGGAGGAAGAUCAUAUCAGAUACCAUGUUAUUCUGGAAGAGAAGCUUUUGAAGAACGACAUGCAUAAUGGGAUGUUCAGGGAGACCAUGCUUGGAUUGUCAUUUCGAGUGGGAUUCUCCUUUCACGAUGCUCAGCUCUACAUAAAUGAGGCACCUAUAAAUUAUCCCAAUGUUGCAACUGAUAAAGGAAUAAUCCAUGGCUUGGGAAGAGUAAUGGAAAUCGAGAAGAACAGAUGUGAUAGCAAUGUUACUGUAAUUGUAUCAGGGAAGUGUUUGUCCUGUUCAUACGCCCCUAGCUGUCCUCUUGGAACUACACCAGUGCCAGGGAAGAAACAGGUCUGCUUUUAUCUCCACUACUACAGGAUGUCUCUUCAUGCUGGAUGCCAGCCAAAAUGUAGUAAAAGUGUAAUUACCAGAGAAUGUUGCGCAGGUUUCUAUGGCCCACAGUGUGAGCCUUGCCCAGGGCUUGUUGGAAAGGCUUGCUUUGAAAAUGGAAUUUGCUUGGAUGGCAUCAAUGGCACAGGAUCUUGUGAGUGUGAAGCAGGGUUCCAGGGAGUGGCCUGCAACAGCUGCAUCCAAGGCAAAUACAGCAGCAACUGUGAUCAAGACUGUCUCUGCAUCCAUGGGAAAUGUAACAGCGGCAUUACAGGAGAUGGCACUUGUGACUGUGAUGUUGGCUGGAGAGGGGUACGAUGUGAUAAUCAAAUCACUGAUGAUGAAUGCAAUAGUACCUGCCACACCAGUGCCAACUGCUUUCUCAAUCCUGGAGGAGCAGCAUAUUGCAAGUGUGCAGCUGGCUUUCAAGGAAAUGGAACAUACUGUACAGCUAUCAAUGCCUGUGAAGCCAACAAUGGAGGUUGCUCUGCCAAAGCAGAAUGUAGACGUACCACCCCGGGAAACAGAGUGUGUGUUUGCAAAGCAGGCUACACUGGAGAUGGAAUUGUCUGCUUCCAAAUCAACCCCUGCUUGCAGAAUAAUGGUGGAUGUGAUAAAAAUGCAGAAUGUGCUCACACUGGGCCCAAUCAGGCAGCAUGCAACUGUAUGAAAAGAUAUUCUGGGGAUGGCAAAACCUGUACCUACAUCAGUCAGUGUUCCAUUAAUAAUGGGGGCUGCGCGGAUUAUGCCAUCUGCAAUGAUACUGAGAACUCAGAAAGGACCUGCACAUGUAGACCCAGCUAUGUUGGAGAUGGAUUUUCCUGCAGGGGCAGCAUAACCUUGGAGCUCUCAAAGAACUCAAACACUACUCGAUUUAAUGGCUAUCUAAUGGAUGCUGGUAUCAAAGAUCUGUCAUCAGCGGGUCCUUUCACUGUUUUUGCACCAAUACCAGAAGCAUUUAUAGCUGAAUUAAAAGUCAAGGACUGGGUGUCGAGAGGUGUGAUGGCCCAGAUUCUCCGCUACCAUGUUGUCGCAUGUACAGGACUGCUCUAUAAUGAUAUGAUAUCCAACACUGAGAAAAGUGCCACCACUCUCCAAGGAGAUCAGCUCAAGUUUACCUUCUCACAGAAUACAGUUUUUUUGAAUGGCAAAGCUAAGAUUUUGACCAGUGAUCUAAUCAGUACAAAUGGAGUAAUUCAUAUCAUAGACAAAGUCCUGAUUCCACAGAGGAUUCAAGAGUUCUCAGCUGGACAGUCUACACCGGAAACCCUCAAAAUGGUUGCAGCACAAAAUGGAUACAUUAUGUUCUACAAUUUACUGGAGAGUUCAGGUACCAUCAAUGUGAUUAAUGAUGCUCUCCAUCAACCGAUCACCUUAUUCUGGCCCACUGACAAAGUCAUCAGAGCUCUCCCAAAUGACCAACAGGAUGCACUAUUUAAAAUGUCAAACAAGGAAAAGCUGCAGCAGUACUUGAAGUACCACAUUAUUGGAAGUACUAAGGUUUUCGCUUAUGCCCUCCCUAGCUCUGAUUCACUGAAGACGCUUCAAGGUUCAGAUAUCAGUGUGAAAUGUGGAAGUGAUGACAGCAACAUUGGCGAACUGUUCCUCAAUGAAAGGAGGUGUAAAAUAAUCCAAAGGCAGCUGGAGUUUGAUGGUGGCAUUGCUUAUGGUAUUGACUGCAUGCUAACAGAUCCUGUCCUUGGAGGUCGUUGUGACACAUUUAUCACUUCUAAUAUUCCGGGAGACUGCACUGGUUGUUACAGAACUUUGCAGUGUCCUGCUGGAAGUAAAGCAGUGGAAGAGGUGAAGCAAUGUACUUACACGCUCAACCACAGGAUUCUGAAAGGCUGUCAGAAGGACUGCUCGCUGGUGGUCAGGAUACCACAGUGUUGUAAGGGAUACUUUGGGAAUGAAUGCCAAGGCUGUCCAGGAGGUCCCGAAGCACCAUGUAAUAACCGUGGUUCCUGUGAUGAAGGAUAUUCUGGCACGGGACAAUGUACAUGCAAUGCUGGUUUCAACGGGACUGCGUGUGAGCUCUGUCUGCCAGGAAGAUAUGGCGAUGAUUGCAAAGCCUGCGAAUGCACAGAACAUGGACAGUGCGAUGAUGGAAUUUCUGCAUCAGGGCAGUGCUUCUGCGAAACUGGGUGGACUGGACAACUCUGUGAAACCAAACUCGCUGUGUCUCCAGUGUGCACACCUAGCUGUUCCAUUAAUGCUGUGUGCCAAGAACAGAAUACCUGCCAGUGCAAGCCAUAUUAUACCGGAGAUGGGAUCACAUGUACAGCUGAGAACCUUUGUAAGAAAGCCAAUGGUGGCUGCCAUAAGAAUGCAAAAUGUGUCCAAACUGAUGUGAAAGUCAAUUGCACGUGUCAGAAAGGAUACCAAGGAGAUGGCUACGCCUGCACUGCCAUCAACCCUUGCACAGAUGGGGUCAAUGGUGGAUGUGAUGAGCAUGCCCUUUGCACAAUGACUGGGCCUGAUAAGCGUAAGUGUGAGUGCAAAGAUAACUACAUUGGUGAUGGUGUUAUUUGUGAAGUCAAACAGCUACCAAUGGAUAGAUGUCUGCAGAACAAUGGGCAGUGCCAUGCUGAUGCCAUCUGUACAGAUCUCCAUUACCAGGACUCUACUGUUGGAGUUUUUCAUGUCCGCUCUCCAAAGGGACAGUACAAGCUGACUUACAACGAUGCAAAUAAAACCUGUGCGGAUCAAGGAGCGACCAUAGCGACUUACAAUCAGCUCUUAUAUGCCCAGAUGGCGAAGUUCCAUCUCUGUGCGGCUGGCUGGCUGGAGACUGGAAGAGUAGCAUAUCCAACAGCUUUUUCUGCCCCAAAAUGUGGCGGCGGAGUUGUUGGGAUUAUUGACUAUGGGAUCCGAGUCAACCUGAGUGAGACCUGGGAUGUCUUCUGUUACAGAGUCAAAGAUGUCAGCUGCACCUGUAAAACUGGUUAUGUGGGUGAUGGAUUUACAUGUAGUGGAAACCUGCUUCAAGUCCUCAUGUCUUUCCCAACUUUUUCAAACUUUGUCUUGGAGAUCCAGAAAUAUUCAAAUGCCUCAAGAAAUGGUCAAGAGUUCCUGAAAUACCUCAAAAAUUUGUCCACUAAUGCAACACUCUUUGUACCAAACAAUGAUGGGCUGAUGGCAAAUGAAACACUUUCAGGAAGAGAUAUUGAGUAUCAUUUAUCCCAUGUGGGUACAUCAUAUUAUCAAGAUUUGACUAAUGGUACUACCCUUCCAACCAGAAUAGGGAAAAUGCUGCUAAUUACUCACAAUGAAAACCAGGACCAACCUAAUUUUUCAGAUAAAAAGAUGGGAACAAAAUAUGUGGAUGGAAGAACAAUCCUUGAGUGGGACAUAGUUGCUUCCAAUGGGGUCAUCCAUGUCAUUGCAGAACCGCUGAAGGCUCCCCCUCUACCCUCUGCUUCUCUACAUCCUGGAGUUGGAACAGGAAUAUUCUUCGUGGUCCUUCUGGUCAUUGGAAUUGCUGCUCUCGCUGGGUAUUCAUACUUCCGAUUUAAGCAGGGAACCAUUCCCUUCCAGCAUUUUGAGGAGAAAGAUGACAUUGAUGUUACAAUGGACAAGGCACAGUCCUCAAACAUCGCAAACCCAAACUACGAAAGCUCAGGAACUAUGCCAUCAGAUCCCCCUUACGAUCCAUUUUCUACUUCCGAUGACCAGCAGCUAGUGCACAGCAGCCCUCGAGAAGCAUUCUGAGGCCAGCAUCUGUUUUGCAGCUGGAAUGUAAUACGGAGAUAAGCCAUUUUCAGAAGAUGCGCUUAAAGUCAAAAUUUCCUGUAACGUUGAAGGUUGCUUGGCUUGGCUCCCUUACAAUCCUGUUUACCACUUUAUUGUACAGUUUUUGCUUUCCCAAGUUCAAAUUGUACUCAUGUCGCUGUUGCGGGUUUCCUGUUGGAGUCACUGUGGAAGAAGAAUGCUGCACUGGAGAGCUGAUUCACGUGCCACUGUUCUGCUUUCUUACCUCCGAUUUGAGGGUAGGGGUGGGGAGAUUUCUUUCUCAAGUUCUUAUAUGUUGCAGAAAAAGCUGAUGUUAAACACUUUUAAUACAAUACUGCUUAAUAUAAAAUGA